AUGCAGACAACGCCAGCACGCUCGUCUCGCACAACAACGAGCCGGAGACGAAGUGCAGCAUCGGCUCUGGGCCUCAAACGCGCAGCUUCAUCGCCGUCAAAUGCCAAUCCCUCCAAGAGGUCACUACCCACGCAAGAGUCAACUGUCUACGACGAUGAAGAGCUGGACGACCUGGGCGUCGUAGUAUCCCUGGCCUCAGACCUCAACUUCCGCGACGUACCUCAGUACAUGGAGUACAUCCGGAACCGCAUGUUCAGCGACAUGCCCGAAAGGGCUGGGAUGAACAGCACCAGGAUCGCAGAGGUCUUGAAAUUUAGAAGACUACUGCCGCCCUUUGUCACCGUUGCGCAUGUCGACGCACUGAGCACGAGCUCGACCACAGUGGAAAGGGAGAUUGCGGAGCUGGCGAAGAAAGGUGUCGUGAGAAGAAUCACCAUCCCGCAGAGGGGCGUGGGCGCUGCGGCGGUGGGAGACGGGAUUGCGAGCGUGAAGGAGUGGCAGGGGCUUGUGAGAGCGCAUGGGGGGUUGAGUGAUGAGCUCAAGGACAAGUACAUCCACCUCAUGGACGCCAACCCAACAUCAACAAUCAUCCCUGGAACCGCCGUCACGCCAUCUGAAACCGCCAUACUGACAGGCACCGGCCUGCUCACCUCCACCACAGCACUCACCACCACCGCCUCCGCAUUCUUCGCCUCCCCUGGCGCAUCUUCCCUCGCUGCAAUUUCCACCUCGGGCGCUCGCCACGCAGCUGGCUCUUUAGAAGCUGUUGGCGGCGCCUACGCGACCCAGCACAUGCACGGCGGCACACCGCUCUCGCGCGGGCCCUCCACAAGCGCCUUCUCCUUCUCCUUGCCGCACACAGGCAUGCACAUCAAGCUGCUCGUGGAUGCGCGGAACCACCUGCUCAGCCUCGUCAAGAAGAGUAAAUUCAGGGGAGUGCCACUCGACGUGCUACGGGAGCGUUGGGACGGCGGUGUGGCUGCGGCUGCGACUGCUGGGACUGCAGGUGCGGAGAGGGAGGAGCGCAAGAGGGCUAGGAGGGAGUUUGUUGGUGUCCUGCCUGGGCGGACUAAGAAGUGGAGGCAGUUCUAUGGUAUGCGUUUUGAGUGGGUGUUGGAAGAGUGUGUGGGGGCAGGGCUGGUGGAGGUUUUCGAGACGGGGAGUGUGGGGAGAGCCGUGAGGUUGGCGUCUUGA